AUGGUUGCCCACAAAGGACAUCAGGAAUCAUCUUCUGUGGCUCUCGGAAAAGUGUCGAAAGUUUUUUCAACACCCUCAAGUCAAGAUCCCACCAAGACGAUACCAGCUGCUGGAGCAAUACAAACCAAGGAUCAUGUUUCCACACGGAUAUCACAAUCGACAUUGAGUCAAGCGGAGGAAGCAGCCAUCGAGGCAGCACGAAAAGCGGCUUACGAAAAGUAUGGUGUUGCAAAAGAGCCAUUGCUAAAUGAUAUGGCUCCCUUUACCAACUUUUCACAUAUUCGAUAUGGGGCACACUCGGGGUUGGGCCAUCGAUUGGUGCGGCAGGCGUCGGCAGUCUACCUUGGGCGUCUGAUUGGCUUUGGCGUCCGAGGAUAUUGGUCCAACAAUGAAUAUUCCAAUCACACCAAGGAUAUUUUUUCCGAAAUGUUUGAACCCUUUCAAAGGAAAGACUUUUUCUUUGUCAAUUCCACCAAUCGUACCAUCAAAUUUGGCAACGAAGUGGAUCACAUGACGAGUCCCUAUCAAAUGUGUGGAUCGAGUCGGCAGACUGGUCAUUGCAAACAAACAAAUACAAAAGGCAAGGAAGGUCCGAAAUGUGGUUGUACCUUUGACGAGAUUCAGGUCCACACUGAUUUCUAUAGGUCACUCCGUGACAGGUAUGUCCGACGACAACUGUUGGCUGAUUUUAUGGAGAAACACAAGUAUUCGGAACAUACCGUCUUUGGGAUUCACAUUCGAGCUGGUAAUGGGGAACAAAAGGAUUUCACCUACAAGAAACGUGGGAUUCAUCACGAUACCGAGGAAUACGUGGCAGCCCUCAUCAAAGUUAUGCGAGAGACAAUUCCGAUGGAUACUCUCGAGAAACCGCCAAUGAUUUUCUUGGCAACAGAUGACCCCAAAUAUCGGACCAUUAUUGCCAAUGAAAUACAAGAGCUAGGUUUGAAUUGGCCAGUAGUGGUUCUGGAACAAGAAUUUGCCGAGGAGGGAGUGGUCCUGCAUGGCGGCAACAAGGUCUACGAAAAGUGGUUCUCCAUGUUUCAAGAUAUGCUUCUCCUGAGUCAUUCGGAUGUUCUGAUUGCUGUGAAAUACUCCUCCUUUACGCAAGCUAUUCCCAUGUAUCUCGUGUUGGAUCGGCCAGAAUCUGAACGAAAGUUGAGAGACAACUAUUGUGAGCUCAUUGACGAGAACGAAUUUGCAAGGAAAAAUGGAACAGGACCAGAAUUGAGUCUCUAUUGCUAUCACUCGUACAUGCAAAACUGUUGUGGGACUGACAACAUGGUUCAGAGAAAAGUGACAAAAUUUCUCCAGCCGCAACUGCGGGGGGCUGAUCUGAAUCUCAAGAUUACUGACUUUACGAACAGACAAUAUCUUUCAUUUGAAGACAGUCUUGGUCGUUUCUAA